AGUUGCAGAAACUUGUAAUUGGAGGAAAAAAAGUAUUUUCUACGAGUUGGAGUAUUGGAGCACGAAUAUUUUAAAACACAACAUUGAUGUCAUGCAAGUUGAGAAGAAUGUGUGUGAUAGUCUCCUAGGAACCAUCUUGGAUAAUGAUAAAUCAAAGGACACAACCAAUGCGCGACAUGAUUUAAAGAAGAUGGGUAUUAGAGAAUCGUUGUGGAUUUAUGAAGAUGGGAAUGGGAGGCUAAUGAAACCGCAUGCUCCUUAUGUUUUGACUCGUGAGAAAAGACAACUUUUUUGUCAGUUUGUUAAAGGAAUAAAGUUUCCCGAUGGCUUCUGUUCAAAUUUAAAGAGCAAAGUUUCUCCAGAUGAGUCUAACAUUAUUGGGUUAAAAUCCCACGAUUGUCAUGUCAUUAUGCAGCGAGUACUAGCGGUUGGUGUCCGUAAAUUUCUACCUCGUGACACUGCAACAACUAUUACUCAGCUGUGUAAUUUUUUUCGACAGUUAUGCUCUAGAACUCUAAAUGUAAAAGAUAUGGAGGAUGCUCAAAAUAAUUUAAUUCUGUUAUUGUGCAAGAUGGAAUUGAUUUUUCCUCCAGCUUUUUUUGACAUAAUGAUACACUUGGUAUUGCAUUUGCCUGAAGAAGCGAUAUUGGGUGGCCCGGUCUUUAUAAGAUGGAUGUAUCCUUUUGAAAGGUACAUUAAAAAAUUGAAGAAUUAUGUGGGAAACAAGGCACGUCCUGAAGGGUCAAUUGCAGAAGGUUAUGUUGCUGAUGAGGCAGUAACCUUUUGUUCAAUGUACUUUAAAGGGUGUGAAACAAGAUUUAAUCGGCUUGAUCGAAAUGAAGAUGCGCCUUCUGUGUGUCGCUAUCUCUCAGUUUUUAAUUCUCAAUCUCGUCCUUUAACUAGCGGAAUUAUCAAGCCUCUUGAUCAUAUCGGUCGUGAAAAAGCUGAGUGGUACAUUCUUCAAAAUUCUCCUGAAAUCCAAGCUUACUUAGAUUAACAUUUGGACAAGAUCAGGCAUGAAUAUCCUAAUGGUAAUCACGAUGUCUUGCAUAGGCAAACUUUCCGUCCGUGGUUUCAUAAGAAGGUAUAAUGACAAAAUUGUAAAGUUUUAAUUCAACCAUUUAUAUUCCUCUCAUAUUAAUACAUUUUAUGUAUUUAGAUAUAUGAGUUGCACAAGCUUGGAACUUUACAAAAUGGUGAUGAGUUACUCGCUCUCGCUUCCGGGUCCGAUUACUUAGCAACAUUUUACGAAGGUUGUGUAGUGAAUGGUGUUCGGUUUAUUGCAUCAAAGUGAGACCAAAAGCGAAAGACACAAAAUAGUGGUGUUACUGUUGCUGGAACUGAAGGGUUUAAUUACUACGGCACACUUGAAGAUGUAAUCACUAUAUCUUAUACUGGUGCAUAUACAGUGACAUUGUUUGAAUGUAAAUGGUAUAACACUAAUCCAUUAAGAAAGAAGACAAUCACUGAAAAUAAUAUAACCAGUAUAAAUACUCGUGGAUAUUGGUAUCAAGAUGAACCGUACAUCCUUGCUAACCAGGCGAAGCAAGUUUUCUAUCUUGAAG